AUGGCCCAAGCAGGUGCAAUGACAGACGUGACGCAACGACUAUUCGUGGAGCUCAAGUCGAAGAAUGAGGAGGCCAGGGCCAGAGCUGCCUAUGAGCUCUAUGACAACGUCCUCUCUGUCUCCAGAGAUUGGCCCAACGAGAAGUUUGUCGAGUUUUACAAUGCGGUCAGCCAACGGAUCGCCCAACUUGUCGUGAACGGGAGUGAUGCCAACGAGAGAAUCGGUGGAUUAUUAGCACUCGACCGAUUGAUUGAUUUUGACGGUGUUGACGCCGCCCAAAAAACAACUAGAUUCGCCAGCUAUCUUCGAUCCGCCUUGCGCAGUAAUGACAAUGUGGUGUUAGUUUAUGCGGCCCGAUCGCUGGGCCGCCUUGCGAAGCCCGGCGGUGCUCUCACCGCAGAACUAGUGGAAAGUGAGAUCCAAUCAGCAUUGGAAUGGUUACAAUCAGAGCGACAGGAGAGUCGGCGCUUCGCAGCAGUGCUUGUGAUCCGGGAACUUGCCAAGGGCUCACCAACACUUCUCUAUGGGUUCGUUCCACAGGUCUUUGAGCUCGUUUGGGUUGCCAUCAGAGAUCCAAAGGUUCUCAUCCGGGAGACUGCUGCCGAGGCCGUGGGUGAGUGCUUCGAGAUCAUCGUGGCUCGUGACUCUCAAGUUCGGCAGUCAUGGUUUGCACGUAUCCACGACGAAGCACUCCUAGGCUUAAAGUCCCACAACAUCGAUUGGAUCCACGGUUCCCUCUUGAUCCUCAAAGAGCUGAUUUUGAAGGGUACGAUGUUCAUGAAAGAACAUUAUCGAAAUGCAUGUGAAAUUAUUCUCCGUCUCAAGGACCACCGUGACCCAAAGAUUCGCACCGAAGUCGUUACCACCAUCCCCAUUCUCGCCUCCUACUCCCCUACCGAUUUCAUUGAGAUUUAUCUUCAUCGUUUCAUGAUCUAUCUUCAGGCUCAAUUGAAGCGAGACAAAGAGCGAAACGCCGCCUUCAUUGCUAUUGGCAAGAUCGCCAAUGCAGUCGGCCCUGCCAUCGGUCAAUAUCUUGAUGGCAUUAUAAUCUACAUCCGAGAGGGCCUUGCGAUGAAAGCAAGAAACCGACCGGGCGUCAACGAGGCACCGAUGUUCGAGUGUAUCAGUAUGCUCUCACUAGCUGUCGGACAGGCCCUCGCAAAGUAUAUGGAGGUUCUUCUAGAUCAGAUCUUCGCCUGCGGGCUUAGCAAAUCAUUGACGCAGGCUCUAGUCGAUAUGGCUCAUUACAUUCCUCCUAUCAAACCCAUGAUCCAAGAAAAGCUCCUUGAUAUGCUGAGUAUCAUCCUUUGUGGAACGCCAUUCCGACCCCUCGGCUGUCCUGAAAACCGACUCCCUCCAAUGCCAUCCUUCGCUAAAGACUUUGCGCCUCAUGAGAUUCACUCUGACUCCGAUAUUGCCUUAGCUCUUCAUACCCUGGGCAGCUUUGACUUUUCUGGACACGUACUGAACGAGUUUGUGCGGGACGUUGCCAUCAACUACGUGGAAAAUGACAAUCCUGAAAUCCGAAAAGCUUCAGCUCUUACAUGUUGUCAGCUGUUCGUUCACGAUCCAAUCAUCAACCAGACUAGCGGACACUCGAUCCAGGUUGUCAGCGAGGUCAUUGACAAGCUUUUGACUGUUGGUGUGGGAGAUCCCGACCCGGAAAUUCGACGCACAGUUUUGUGGUCGCUGGAUCGCAAGUUUGAUCGUCACUUGGCACGACCAGAGAACAUCAGAUGCUUGUUCUUGGCUGUCAAUGACGAAAUUUUUGAUGUCAAAGAAGCAGCAAUCUGCAUCAUCGGUCGACUUUCCAGCGUUAACCCUGCUUAUGUUUUCCCACCACUACGAAAACUCCUGGUCAACCUCCUGACUGGACUUGGAUUCGCAAAUUCCGCUCGUCAAAAAGAGGAAACAGCUCAACUCAUCAGUUUGUUUGUUUCGAACGCGACGAAAUUAAUCAGGUCGUAUGUAGACCCCAUGGUGACAGCAUUGUUGCCGAAAUCAACAGACAUCAAUCCCGGCGUCGCCGCCACUACUUUGAAGGCAGUUGGCGAGCUUGCCAAUGUCGGUGGUCACGAAAUGAGACGAUACUUGCCGCAGAUCAUGCCUAUAAUUUUGGACUCGCUUCAGGACCUCUCAUCGCACACCAAACGAGAAGCUGCGCUUCGGACAUUGGGACAACUGGCCAGCAACUCGGGUUACGUUAUCGAGCCUUUCCUUGAAUACCCUCAUCUUCUCGCCGUACUCAUCAACAUCAUCAAGACAGAACAGACGGGCUCUCUACGAAAGGAGACCAUCAAGCUUCUUGGUGUUCUCGGUGCUCUCGACCCCUACAAGUAUCAACAGAUCAGCGAGAUUGAACCAGAUGUACACCACAUUAACGAAAUCCAGAAAGUUUCUGAUGUGGCGCUCAUCAUGCAAGGUCUGACACCAUCCAAUGAGGAAUACUACCCUACUGUGGUCAUCCACACUUUGCUGCAGAACAUUCUGCGAGAGAACUCGUUGGCACAAUACCACUCAGCUGUGAUUGACGCAAUCGUCACGAUUUUCAAGACCAUGGGCCUGAAAUGUGUUCCGUUCCUUGGACAAAUCAUUCCUGGAUUCAUCUUGGUUAUCAGAAGUUCCCCUGCUAGUCGCCUCGAGUCAUAUUUCAACCAGAUGGCAAUCUUGGUGAACAUUGUGCGACAACACAUUCGCGCCUUCCUGCCAGAGAUCAUCGAAGUAAUCAGAGACUUCUGGGAUGCAUCAUCUCAAAUCCAGGGUACUAUUUUGUCCCUGGUUGAGGCCAUUGCUCGCUCAUUGGAAGGGGAGUUCAGAAAAUAUCUCGCUGGUUUGAUUCCAUUGAUGCUCGGUUCACUUGACCAAGACACGAGUCCUCGUCGCCAGCCAUCUGAGAAAAUUCUCAAUGCCCUUCUGAUUUUUGGUACAAGUGGAGAGGAAUACAUGCACCUCAUCAUUCCUUCUAUUGUGCGUCUGUUUGAUCGUCCACAGAAUCCCCAGAAUAUCCGCAAGUCUGCUAUCGAUAGCUUGACCAAGUUAUCGCGGCAAGUCAAUGUUUCUGACUUUGCAUCCCUCAUGGUCCACUCCCUUUCCCGCGUUGUGGCUAGCGGUGAUCGUGUUCUGCGUCAAGCCGCGCUGGACUGCAUUUGUGCUCUGAUCUUCCAGCUGGGCCAGGAUUUCACGCACUACAUUCAUCUCCUCAACAAGGUCAUGAAAACCAAUCAAAUCACACAUGUCAACUAUCAAAUCUUGGUGACGAAACUCCAAAAUGGCGACCCACUCCCACAGGAUCUCAGCCCGGAAGAGGCAUACUCUUUCCCUGCCGACGAUACCAACUUUGCGGAAAUUGGACAAAAGAAGAUCGUGGUGAACCAGCAACAUCUGAAGAACGCCUGGGACGCUUCACAAAAGUCCACUCGAGAAGAUUGGCAGGAAUGGAUUCGUCGCUUCAGCAUCGAGCUUUUGAAGGAAUCUCCAUCGCCAGCGCUGCGUGCCUGUGCCAGUUUGGCUGGAAUUUACCAACCCUUAGCCAGAGACCUUUUCAACGCCGCGUUCGUAUCAUGCUGGACCGAGUUGUAUGACCAAUACCAAGAGGAGCUCGUUCGCUCGAUUGAGAAGGCUCUCACUUCUUCCAAUAUCUCACCGGAGAUCUUGCAGAUCCUUCUGAAUUUGGCCGAAUUUAUGGAGCAUGAUGACAAGGCUCUUCCCAUCGAUAUUCGCACUCUUGGAAAAUACGCAGCGAAGUGUCAUGCAUUCGCCAAAGCUCUUCACUACAAAGAACUCGAGUUUGAGCAAGACCAGAACUCGGGUGCUGUCGAGGCCUUGAUUACCAUCAACAACCAACUUCAACAGUCUGACGCUGCUAUUGGUAUCCUCCGCAAAGCGCAGGCGUAUCGUGAUGUAGAGCUCAAAGAAACAUGGUUCGAGAAGCUCCAACGGUGGGAAGAAGCUCUUGCUGCGUACAAACGACGCGAAAAGUCCGACCCAGACUCCUUUGGUAUCACAAUGGGUAAGAUGCGCUGUCUUCACGCUCUUGGUGAGUGGAAGGUUCUCUCGGACCUUGCCCAAGAAAAGUGGAACCUAGCAUCAUUGGAGCAUCGCCGAGCUAUUGCACCUCUCGCAGCCGCCGCCGCCUGGGGUCGGGGCCAGUGGGAGCUGAUGGACUCUUACCUUGGUGUCAUGAAAGAACAGUCCCCCGAUCGCUCAUUCUUCGGUGCAAUCUUGGCAAUCCAUCGUAACCAAUUCGAGGAGGCCAAUAUGUACAUCGAGAAGGCACGAAAUGGUCUCGACACAGAGUUGUCUGCUCUCCUUGGAGAAUCAUACAACCGUGCCUAUAACGUUGUUGUCAGGGUUCAGAUGCUCGCUGAGCUCGAAGAGAUCAUCACAUACAAGCAAAACAUUGGUGACCCCGAAAAGCAAGAUGCCAUGCGUAAAACCUGGAAUCAAAGGCUGCUUGGGUGUCAACAGAAUGUGGAAGUGUGGCAGCGCAUGCUCAAGGUUCGAGCUCUUGUCACUGCCCCGCGCGAGAACCUCGAUAUGUCGAUCAAGUUCGCCAAUCUUUGCCGCAAAUCCAACCGCAUGGGCCUUGCAGAACGAUCUCUUGCGUCUCUAGAGACGGUAGUAGCAGAUGCCAAUGGCAUGCGAACUAUCGCACCCCCCGAGGUCACAUACGCUAGGUUGAAGUUCAGUUGGGCAAAUGGCCAUCAACAAGAAUCCCUCGAAAUGCUGAAGGAAUUUACUUCUGGUUUGACCGAUGAUUUCUCCAGGUACAACACACUCGUGGCAACAAACCCUGAACAUCAUGGAGUUAAUGGAGUCAACGGGGUACCUGACCAAAACCAUCUGGAUGCCGACAGCUUACGUGAACGGAUUGGAGAUGUCAACAAAUUCCGAAAGCUUCUGUCUAAGAGUUAUCUUAGACAGGGAGAGUGGCAGACAACCCUCCAGAAUGGUGAUUGGAGACCGGAACACGUUCGUGAGGUCCUGAAUGCCUACUCUGCAGCAACCCAGUACAACCGUGAUUCGUACAAGGCCUGGCACUCCUGGGCACUUGCAAACUUUGAAGUUGUUACGACCAUCUCAAACCAAGCUAAUAAUCGUGAGGGUUCUCCCUCGCCAGUUCCCGCCCACAUCAUUGCAGAGCAUGUGAUCCCUGCUAUGCGUGGUUUCAUCCGUUCCAUUGCCCUGUCUUUGACAUCUUCAUUGCAAGAUACUCUGAGGUUGCUUACUCUGUGGUUCACGCAUGGUGGAGAUCAUGAAGUAAACAAUGUUGUCACAGAAGGAUUCGCCGCUGUGAACAUUGACACCUGGCUUACUGUUACCCCUCAAUUGAUCGCUCGAAUCAAUCAGCCUAACAUCAGGGUACGGGGUGCUGUCCACAGGCUACUUGCCGAGGUCGGAAAAGCCCAUCCUCAAGCCCUGGUUUACCCACUGACGGUGGCAAUGAAAUCGAACGUCACACGUCGCUCUCAGUCUGCCAGCAACAUUAUGGAAAGCAUGCGGCAACAUAGUGCCAAGCUUGUCGAGCAGGCAGAUCUUGUCAGUCAUGAGCUGAUUCGAGUUGCGGUUCUGUGGCAUGAACUCUGGCACGAGGGUCUGGAAGAAGCUUCUCGUCUUUACUUCGGCGAUCACAAUGUCGAGGGUAUGUUCUCAACGCUUGCUCCUUUCCAUGAUAUGCUGGACAAGGGUGCCGAGACCCUUCGCGAGGUGUCAUUCGCGCAAGCUUUCGGGCGUGAUUUGGCCGAGGCCAAGCAUUACUGCAUGAUGUAUCGUGAAUCGGAAGAAAUUGGCGAUCUCAACCAAGCCUGGGACUUGUAUUACACUGUGUUCAGAAAGAUCAGCAGGCAACUACCACAAUUAUCGACACUUGACCUCAAAUAUGUGUCCCCUCGACUCAAGGACUGCUCAGACCUUGACCUUGCCGUGCCGGGAACAUACCAAAGUGGCAAGCCAAUCAUCCGAAUCAUGAGCUUUGACCCAAUCUUGCUUGUCUUGCAGACCAAGAAACGACCGCGUCGCAUGACACUCAAGGGCAGUAAUGGAAGCUCUUACAUGUACCUUGUCAAAGGUCACGAAGACAUGCGACAAGAUGAGAGAGUCAUGCAGCUGUUUGGACUGUGUAACACCUUGCUGGAUAACGAUGGUGAGAGUUUCAAGCGACACUUGACAGUCCAACGCUUCCCCGCCAUUCCUUUGUCUCAAAGCUCCGGUCUGCUAGGAUGGGUGUCUAACAGUGACACUCUACAUGCCGUGAUCAAGGAAUACCGAGAAAGUCGCCGCAUUCUGCUCAAUAUUGAGCACCGGAUCAUGUUGCAAAUGGCGCCUGACUACGAUAGUCUCACUCUCAUGCAGAAGGUCGAGGUCUUUGGCUACGCUAUGGACAACACAACCGGCAAAGAUCUGUACCGGGUCCUUUGGCUUAAGAGUAAGAGCUCCGAAGCUUGGCUGGAACGACGAACCAACUACACUCGUUCACUCGGUGUUAUGUCCAUGGUGGGCUACAUCCUUGGUCUUGGAGACCGACAUCCGUCCAACUUGCUGUUGGAUCGUGGCAAUGGCCGAGUCGUUCAUAUUGAUUUCGGUGACUGUUUCGAGAUCGCAAUGCACAGAGAGAAGUUCCCGGAGCGAGUACCGUUCCGUCUCACCCGCAUGUUGACCUUCGCUAUGGAAGUAAGCAACAUCGAGGGAAGCUACCGUAUUACUUGCGAGGCCGUCAUGCGUGUUCUACGCGAGAACAAAGACUCCUUGAUGGCUGUACUUGAAGCUUUCAUUCAUGAUCCUUUGAUCAACUGGCGUCUGGGUGCACAAGAGUCUCCUGAACGAGUAUCUCUCACCACAGAACGCCGCCAGUCCAUCAUCGAAGGUGUAAACUUUGAGCACAGUAUCCAACCAGGUGACUUCUCCCGUCGCCGUCGCCCCUCCAUCCUUGAAGGUGGUAUCCUCGAUGCCCCUGAGGGUGUUCCACAAGAAGCCCGAGAGGCGCAGAAUGCCCGUGCUCUCCAAGUUCUUGCACGAGUCAAGGAGAAGCUUACUGGACGAGACUUCAAACACAGCAACGAGCUGAGUGUCAGCGACCAAGUGGAUAAGCUUCUUGCACAGGCGACCAACGUUGAGAAUAUCUGUCAACACUGGAUCGGAUGGUGUAGUUUCUGGUAA